AUGGCUAAUAUCCCUACAAUAUCCUCUCCUUUCGAAAGACCAAUCAUUCCCAUCAAUGUUGUCACCACUAUUAAUGAAAAACUUACCCCUACCACGUUUCCCCAAUGGAGAGUUCAAUUUGAAGCACUGCUAAUAGGUUAUGGCCUUAUUGAUUUUGUCACCGGAAAACAUCAAUGUCCAACCAUUGAUGCAACCAAUUCCACCACCUCCAAAGUAGCGAACUCCCACUGGGUUUGCCAAGAUAAACUCCUCCUCCAUGCCAUUCUUGCUUCUGCCCCUACAACAAUCACACCACUCCUUAUCUCCUGGAAAACGUCUCAAGAGGCCUGGAUAGCCCUUACUUGCCUCUAUGUGGGCAAAUCUCUAAUACGUGCAAUGCAACUCAACAAGAAUUUAACCUUGAGCACCCGUGGUAGUAGAACUGUCACCAAAUUCCUCCAAGGCGUAAAAAUGAUUGUUAUUGAGCUUGCAAUCAUAGAUCACCCUGUUUUGGAUGAUGAUCUAACACUUUAUAUUUUAAAUGGCCUUGGGCUAGAGUUCCGCGACAUUGCAGCACCCAUUCGUGCUUGGGAAACCUCAAUGAAAUUUGAGGAAAUUCAUGACUUGCUGGUUGCUCAUGAAAAUUACAGUAUCUUGCUAGAAGCAUAA